GAAUUUGGGUUGUUGAAAACGUGACCAAAAGGAUGUUUUUCCUCCAGUCAGAGCGUGCUGCGGGUCAAUCAGUGUUAAGAAGGCGCAGGUGUGCACCCGCGCCACUUUAAACUGCGCCCCAAGCCACGCUCUUUUGUCUGUUUUCUAUACAAACUGUACAAUUUUAAUGUUAUCUAUGGGGACUUUGUAUUUUGUGACUCUAUUUGGCGUUUUGUUGACUGAGCUUUAUGCUGUCCCACCUUUUGUUUUACCGUCAAAACAGAAAGCAUAUCUUGAGACGCCUCGGCUCACAGGAGGCCGGGGCAGCUCCCCGAACCACCGGGAAGCGGCUGAUGAAGAGCGGGAGCAGAUCAACUCUGUGACCGUGAGCUGUCACCCGGACUCACUGGAGAUUGUUAUCCAGGCUGAUCUGUUCGGUGUGGGCUCCUCAGUAAAGGGCAGUGACCUGCGACUGGGAGUGGACAAAGAUGAACAGUGCAAAGCAGUGGUGUCUUCUAAUGAUGAAUACAGGAUCACUGCUGGACUGUUGGACUGUGGCAACCAACACUGGAUGACAGAAGAGUCCCUGGUCUACACAAACCUGCUCAUCUACUCCCCUGAGUCCUCUACAGGUGGUGUGAUACGGAUGGAGGAGGCUGUUAUUCCUAUAGAGUGCCACUAUGAAAGAAAAUACAGUCUGACCAGCUCUGCACUCUUUCCUACCUGGAUUUCUUUUGUGUCCACAAUGGCGGCAAAGGAAAAGUUGAACUUUGUUCUGAAAGUCAUGACUCCUGACUGGCUCUACAAAAGGAACUCCAAUGUGUUUUACCUCGGUGAGCCCAUUCACAUUGAGGCGUCAGUCAGACCUGGACAUCACAUGGGCCUCCGGGUGUUUCUGAGCUCUUGUGUGGCAACCCUAACCCCAGAUGAGCACUCCUCACCCAGAUAUGUAUUCAUUGAAGAUGGGUGCCUGCUUGACUCCCAAAUUCCUAAUUCAAGGUCCCAGUUUUUGUCAAGAGUUCAAGAUGACAAGCUUUACUUGGUUAUCGAUGCUUUUAGGUUUCAAAAUGAGAACAGAGGAGAGCUUUACUUCACCUGUGAGAUGACUGCUGUACCAGUGAAUGAUGCAGAUUCACUAAAUAAAGCUUGCACUUUUAUUAACGGAAGGUGGCGUUCAACUGAUGGUAAUGACUAUUUGUGUGGUUACUGUCAAACCCAAAAUGAAGAGGGCUACAGCCAAGACCAACUGAGUAGCCCAUUCAGUUCUCGAGGGUUUGGAAGGCCAGCAAAACCUGAAACCCUCUGGAAAAGUGGAUUAAAGAAUGACCAGGAACGGGACAAAGAGGCCACAGUUGGUCCACUUCUGGUUCUCCCAGUUGAGAGGAAAAUGGAGUCAAAAUUAAAUCUACCUUUGUACGGCAGCGCCUGGAGAAGUGGAGUGCCUCAAAAUACAGGUGAUCUGAAUAAUACUUGUAUGAUGUAA